AUGGAUUUCAUUCUCUCCCUUACCCACUUCUGCGAGGUGCAUGGUCCUACUUCCAUCAUCUGCUCGCAAGUUCUACCAUUCUCUUGUUCGCAAUGCCACCCGGAUGACCAUUCCAACGACUCAACUCCGGCUCACUCUCCACGUAACUCUUCUCCCAAAUCUUCUCCCAAAUCUUCUCCUUCUCAGGAACCCAAGUCACCCAAGAUCGAAGACCAUCCCUACUUCUUGCGCCAACAGUCGAAUUCCCCCGAUCAAUCCAGUCGCGCGGGUACUGAUGGAGAUACUUGCGCAAGCUGCAGUCUCUCGCUCCCGGAAGGAGUGAGCAAGCAGCUUCCAGUCGGAGCCCCCGGCAGUCGCGACGCCAAAGGAAAAACCACCAGCCCGGUGCUACGAUCGCGCGAGGUUGUCUACUCUUGCGGUACUAGCCACACUGAUUCUGAAGAUAUCUCAGACUCGCAUGCGCAUGCCUCACCACCUGAUUCUCUACGCUCCUCGGUUUCCAUUGCGUCGGAUGCCUCAUGUCACACCCAUAUUUUCACCUAUCUCUCCCUUCGCGGUCCACCCAAUCCCGCUGACUACGCCAUUUUGCGCCGAUCUUCAAUUCGCACUCUGAGCUGUGAGCUCUUGCCUCGUGGACUUUCCUCGGGUCCCCUUUGCUUUGGCGAUGCCGUCGCGGGUUACACCAUCGCCUACGUCUUUCGUCUUCCAGACCCGGUGGCACGCGGCAAACGCCGUGCCUACGCCUUUGUAGCACUUGCCGGAAAGGAUGCCGGAAGGGCGUUCCGAGCAUGCCCAAUCAUCUGGCGCGCAUUUGGCCGCAUCGCAUCAAGCAUGACCAGUGCUGCCGAACGCUUCCAAGAAGAAGAAAAGCGUCGCGAGGAAGCCAUCAACCCUACUAGCAAGUCCGGCCGCCAGUUUACCCCGGUCUCAUCUUUCCUCACUGGCCGUGCUAUGGACCCAGCUGGACAAGCCCGUCGUAUGGGACCAAUCCGUGCGCGCAACCUAGCUCAGAUCGUCGGAAACGAGUACAUCUUUACAGAAUUGCAUGCAAACUUUGUUGCUCUGCUGCAACAACUCGGCUCCAUCUUCGGAGGAGUUCCGGUAUCGGACGAAUCCUUGGUCUGCAGUACCGUGGGUGACGACGAGAGUGCCCAGACCACUCAACCUGUCCGGGUCUCGACCGAACACGCCAAGAAACACGAAUCCGUCUCUAAAUUUGAAGCCAAUCCCCUCGAUAUGGCGAAACUCGACAUCUCAGACCCAAGACCAAUUCCCAUUGCCACCCGCCGACCUCUUGUGGCAUAA